CAGACCCUGGGAAUCCAGCUUCACAAAACAAACACCAGAGCGCCCGCUAAUCGCCAGCUCAGAAACAAAACAGCACUGCGCUGGGGGAUCCGGGCGCAAAUCAGCCCUCCCUCUUCGCGCUCCUUCGCCACCGCCCGCCCCUCAGCUCCGCUGCUCGGCUCCGCUCAGAGCAGCGCAGCUCCGCAGCCGCCAAAGCGAGGCGGGCACGGUCUCCCCACCGCCAGCGCCACCCGGGCUCCUCCAGGUUUCGCCUCUGCAGCUCCCGUCACUUGGAGCAGGAGUGUCCUGACAGGGUCUGCAACAUCCGCAUAAAGUUGGGGGGCCCUCGAGGAUGAGGCUGUCUCCCGUGUCCCUGAGGCUUAGCCGGGGUCCGGCGCUGCUGGCCCUCGCGCUGCCCCUGGCCGCAGCGCUAGCUUUCUCAGAUGAGACCCUGGACAAAGUGACCAAGUCGGAGGGCUACUGCAGCCGCAUCUUGCGCGCCCAGGGCACACGGCGUGAGGGAUACACGGAGUUCAGCCUCCGCGUGGAAGGCGACCCUGACUUCUAUAAGCCAGGAAGCAGCUACCGAGUGACACUUUCGGCUGCUCCUCCCUCCUACUUCAGAGGUUUCACGUUAAUUGCCCUCAAAGAGAACCAGGAGGGAGAUAAGGAAGAAGAUCAUGCAGGCACCUUCCAGAUCAUAGAUGAGGAAGAGACCCAGUUUAUGAGUAACUGUCCUGUGGCCGUCACUGAAAGCACCCCUCGGAGGAGGACACGGAUCCAGGUGUUUUGGAUAGCGCCACCAACAGGGACAGGCUGUGUGAUUCUGAAGGCCAGCAUUGUACAGAAACGCAUAAUUUAUUUUCAAGACGAGGGCUCCCUGACCAAGAAGCUGUGUGAACAGGAUCCCACACUUGAUGGGGUGACGGACAGACCCAUCUUAGACUGCUGCGCCUGUGGAACUGCCAAGUACAGACUCACGUUUUAUGGGAACUGGUCCGAGAAGACUCAUCCGAAGGAUUACCCUCGUCGGGCUAACCACUGGUCUGCCAUCAUUGGUGGGUCCCACUCCAAGAACUACGUGCUGUGGGAGUAUGGAGGGUAUGCCAGCGAAGGGGUCAAGCAAGUUGCUGAACUGGGCUCACCAGUAAAAAUGGAGGAAGAAAUUCGACAACAGAGUGAUGAAGUCCUCACUGUCAUCAAAGCCAAAGCCCAGUGGCCAGCCUGGCAGCCUGUCAAUGUGAGAGCAGCACCCUCAGCUGAAUUCUCAGUGGACAGGACACGCCACUUGAUGUCCUUCCUCACCAUGAUGGGCCCCAGUCCAGACUGGAACGUGGGCCUAUCUGCAGAGGAUCUGUGCACCAAGGAGUGUGGCUGGGUCCAGAAAGUAGUGCAGGACCUGAUUCCCUGGGAUGCUGGCACUGACAGCGGCGUGACCUAUGAGUCACCAAACAAGCCCACAAUUCCUCAGGAAAAAAUCCGACCCCUGACUAGUCUGGAUCAUCCUCAGAGUCCUUUCUAUGACCCAGAAGGUGGGUCCAUCACACAAGUGGCCAGAGUCGUCAUCGAGAGAAUUGCCCGGAAGGGAGAACAGUGCAACAUUGUACCUGACAACGUGGACGAUAUUGUAGCCGACCUGGCUCCAGAAGAGAAAGAUGAAGAUGACACCCCUGAAACCUGCAUCUACUCCAACUGGUCCCCAUGGUCGGCCUGCAGCUCUUCCACUUGUGAAAAGGGCAAGAGGAUGCGGCAGCGCAUGCUGAAGGCACAGCUGGACCUCAGUGUCCCCUGUCCUGACACCCAGGACUUCCAGCCCUGCAUGGGCCCAGGCUGCAGCGAUGAAGAUGGCUCCACCUGUACCAUGUCGGAGUGGAUCACCUGGUCGCCCUGUAGCGUCUCGUGCGGCAUGGGCAUGAGGUCCCGGGAGAGAUACGUGAAGCAGUUCCCGGAAGACGGCUCAGUGUGCAUGCUGCCCACGGAGGAGACGGAGAAGUGCACAGUCAACGAGGAGUGCUCUCCUAGCAGCUGCCUGGUGACUGAGUGGGGUGAGUGGGACGACUGCAGUGCCACCUGUGGGAUGGGUAUGAAGAAGAGGCACCGUAUGGUCAAGAUGAGCCCCGCGGACGGCUCCAUGUGCAAGGCAGAGACAUCGCAGGCGGAGAAAUGCAUGAUGCCUGAGUGCCAUACCAUCCCGUGCUUGCUGUCUCCCUGGUCCGAGUGGAGCGACUGUAGCGUGACCUGUGGGAAGGGCAUGCGGACCCGCCAGCGGAUGCUCAAAUCUCUGGCAGAGCUGGGUGACUGUAACGAGGACCUGGAGCAGGCGGAGAAGUGCAUGCUGCCAGAAUGCCCCAUUGACUGUGAACUCAGCGAGUGGUCCCAGUGGUCUGAAUGUAACAAGUCAUGUGGGAAAGGUCACAUGAUUCGAACCCGGACAAUCCAAAUGGAACCUCAGUUUGGGGGUGUACCCUGCCCAGAGACUGUGCAACGCAAGAAGUGCCGCACCCGGAAAUGCCUUCGCAGCCCAUCAGUCCAGAAGCUGCGCUGGAGGGAGGCCCGAGAGAGCAGGAGGAGUGAGCAGCUGAGAGAAGAGUCAGAUGGAGAGCAGUUCCCAGGCUGUCGAAUGCGCCCGUGGACAGCCUGGUCAGAAUGCACCAAACUGUGCGGAGGUGGGAUCCAAGAGCGCUACAUGACUGUGAAGAAGAGGUUCAAAAGCUCCCAGUUUACCAGCUGCAAAGACAAGAAGGAGAUCAGAGCGUGCAACGUGCACCCUUGUUAAUGGGGGUUCAACUCCCCACGGCCGCAUUCCAGAUUCUAGUCACCAAUGGUUGGGUGGUUUGUUUGCUUGUGUAAGAUGAUUUCAAUUGUGUCCACUAGUUUUCUUUCUUUUUUUUUUUUUAUUACGAUGUGGUUUGCCCAAUAGUCUUAUGAUGCCAAGGGACAGCCUGUCCGAAUUCUUCUUGGUGAGUGCAGGCCAAGUGGGGCAUCCUUGUCCUCAGGUGGCCCUCUUCCUACACUGAGUGAGUAGUGUUGGCUCACCUUGUGUCCCUCUGGAACAUCCCCCUGGUCAAGCAGGGUGAAGACCCUGGCCACAUCCACAAGGAAAAGCAACCAUGUUCUCGGGUGCCAGAAUGCAGCAUGCAGGAGACACAGCCAUCAAAUGCAGAGGACAGAUUCUCCUCUCUCAUCUGCGGCCUGCUCACUCUUACAGAAACCCGUUCACCCAUCUCUUUUUUUAUUUAGCACAACUCCAGGUAUCUUGGUAAGUCUCCAGGGUCACGGGUUCUUCAGUGCCCUGAAGGAGGAGCUCUAAGGUAGGGGUGGCGUUUGUUACAAACCUCCUGAUACUGCUUUGUUGACACCACAAGGGUAGCAGGUGAUGAUGGCUACUUUAUUUGUGAGCCAUGAUUUCCGUUGAGUUCUGAUUGUUGGUGCCAUAAGUGUCCGAGGGUGCCGGACGGACGCACUAACCUUUUCUCGGCAGAUCCUUCUCUGAGCCAAUGCAGACGGUCUACUGGGCACUGGUUCCAAAGCCACCCUAAAAUCUUCCUACACAUAUGCAAACCUUUUAGGUUCCCCAAUCUUCCUUAGAAUAAAACAUUUUAGCUCUGAGAACUACCUGAUAAGUCGGCCAGAGAGCCACCAAGUCAAUCCUCAACAAAAAUACCAUCUUCCCUACUUAAAAGUUUUUUUUAAAGUCGUGAUAUUUUAUAGUUAGAGGAGAGAGAGAGAGAGACAAACUAUUCCCAUGACUAAGAUACAAACCUACAAGUAAGGGUUAUUCAGUCAUGCCUGUGCCUGAUUUCUGGACCAGGGCCCUGGUUUUCAUGGACAGUCCAGAGGAAAGUCGGGGGUUUCCACUGAUUUCCAAGCUAUCAGCAGCACACUAAACCCAGGAGUCUAAGAACCAACAGUCAAGAGUAAGAGGAUGUUGAUCUCAGCUGUGAGCUCAUUAGCAGGUUUUACUCAUGCAUCUGUUAAAGCUACCACCACAUCCUUUUGCAAGUCUGUUUAUUACCGCUUUAUCCAAAUACAUACUGUGGGCAAGAUGCACACAGUGCUAUGAAUACAGUACUUUAAGAAUCUCCAUUCAACAUAUCAGAAUAUGUCCAGCCACAUCUAUGUACAACCCCUGAAUAUGUAUUUUCCUUAACACACGAGAGCCUGUUCAAUUAAAAAAAAAAAAAAAAGAAAAGAAAAGAAAAUCUCGCUGGGUCUGUCUUUGUUUUUAGGAUUAUUAAGUGGUGGGAGAGUUGGGUCUUUUUCCAGUUGCUACCUAGUUCAUUUGCAGGAAAAGAUGGCGCUUCUGUCCCUUCUAGGUGGGCCGCUGCCAUCACAUCCCUCAGCCACCUGGAUUAUUUCCAAUGCUAUUUUUAGAUUAAUGAAUUGCUUUCUCCUUCAAAGGAGUACAAAACAAAGAAAUGAGAGGCUUGGAUUUCCACCCUCCCCAUAAAUGCUCUGCUAAAGGAUCUGUCCCGCCUACUUUGCAACAUCCUCCUAGUGGUCUUGUCAACUUAUCCUCAAACCAUGACAAUCUAAGCUCCUUCAGAUGGUGGCAGGCUUCGCUAGCAGCUUGGGUUUUCACCCAGUCCCACUUGGGUAUAAUUUUAACCCUGGUUUUGGAGACUUUUUUAAAAACCAGAAAACUGACUAAAGAGAACAAGAAACAUGCUUUCGUCAUGAACUACAUUGCUCCGUUUGUAAUGGGGAGAUUGUGAAUGUCAAAUCUUUCCUGCCAAAAGCCUUGAGUUAGGUGGUUGUCACUUUUCUGGCUAACCAAUCAUUUUGGAAAUAAAGAUUUUUCUUACUAUGAGUGAACUCUGACUGGACUUCCACCCUGGCGAGUAACAACUUGCCACGUAAAGAAAACUAGAGCCAGGCGUGGCAGUGUGCACUCAAUCAAAGAAAAUUUUAAUUGUAUAUAUAUUUUACACCAACCCCAAACCAGCUGUAAUCUGGUCAAACCCACAUUGUAAGAUGUUUCCCAAUCAGAUAUUGAGUCAAUUUCCUAUCACCAUGCCAAUGUGUUUUAUCAGAGGGCAAUCUACUGAAGCUACUGAGACUAAAACCUGGCCUCCUUCCCCCCUGAAGUGAAAAGGUUAAAAGACUCUGUGCUGUGCUUUCUUUGCAAGGUCUGCCUGCAAGCAGCAGAACGGGCACACUUUCUUGGAUGCCUUCUGCACUCUGGAAACCCAUCACAACCCGUCUAUUGUAUCAAUACAUAAACAUUCUCUCUGUCAAAUUACCGCUGUGCUCUGUUUUCAUUAAGCCUCCAUGUUUUAGACAAUAACAAGUUAAAAACAAAAUUUUGGAUCAUGCAUGGUGGAAGCUAUAUUCUCAGAACUAGAGAAACUGUCCCAAGCCAGCAAAGGUUGUUGAAGUCAGAAAACUCUAAGAGCUACAUUUUUGACAGUCUGACCUGAAGUUUUCAAAGCCUGGCUUUAGAAAAUUCUGUUACAUGGAAUUAUCUAUGAAGAAGUAAAAUAUUUAUACCCUAAAAAAAUGCAUACUAUUAUCCAAACAAGACUAAACCAUAAAUGUUUAAUUCCUACUUAAAACUCCGAAUCAAGGAAGCCAGCCAUUUCCACCAUGUUGCUACUUGGCAAGGUCGAUUUCAAUAUCCCCAUUCUUCUUGUUCAUAUUGCCCAAAGUAGACAGAAUGAACAUAAAUUCCCUUUGAAAAAUGAUUGAAAUGCAGUAACGAAUUAUAAAUAGCAGCUACAUGUUAAUUAGCACGGGGCUAAUUCUCCGAUUUAGAUCCUGUGGAAAAAUGAAAGCAAAACAUCCAUAUUAAAAUGUCACAUUUAAAUGACGGUGCCUGCUUUCGAACCCCCAUGGGCUCAGAGGCGAUGUAUGUAUCCAAUGCAUGUAUCCAGGGACAGAAGGGCAAGGACAGUAAUGGUGGGGCCCAGGGAAUCUGGGUUGGCACCUGAGCAGCUGUGACAGCCGGCCCAGGUGGGUCCUGCUGUUCUGGUGUCAGGACUGACCUCCGAGCCUUACCCCUCGCCUUCACAGUUUACCAAGUUCUCACGCAGAGAGUGGGUCUCCCAGCAGCCAGCUCUACUCCACCUGCCCCUCACUGCUUUGUAGUGCACACCUUUGUACUGAAUCUGACGAGAGCUGCAUUUUGGUCAUCUGUAACUGAAAAUGUCUCGACAAAUAAAAUUUGCAUACAUAAUUUUUAACAGUU